AUGAACGCGGACAGAGCUGGCAGAAUACCGCCACCUACAAAAAGGCUUGUAGUACGGAAAGCAAACAGUCACCGAGAUUUACGUCCACUUACAGAACGGGUAAGCUUAAUUGAAAAUUUAAACUUCGGUUGUGUUGACUGCUCGCUCUUGCGAACAUUUCGUUCCACUGUUGUUGUUGUUUGCGGUUUGUCUUGUUGGGGAUUAAAAGAAAGCAUGGCUUUCUUACGGUAAUUGUAAGUCACCAGUUCUGUUUACCUUUUAUCUUUAGGCAACUCUAGAGAAAGUUUUAGGCCUGACUGUAUCUAAAAAUGCGGCCUUGGCCUGUGAUCCGGUGUCUGGAGUCAUCGCUUAUCCGGCUGGGUAGGUAUCGAGUACCUGACGAGUGUUAUUGCCGUGAAUUCUCUUUUGUCUGUUUGUUGCUUCAUACGAAUGGCACGGGGUGGGAAUAAUUUAACUGAGUUUAUUUUAGCGAUGAUUUUGCUUGCUGGCUUAUUGUGGUUGAUGCAGUAAACGUCGAAAUACUUCUGAAUUUAAAAUUUGUUAACGAAGUACGUGAUAUUCGCACACUCACACAACCUACUUACAACCGGUAUUAGGUCUAUGAAAAAGCUUAGCUCGUGUACUAGAAAGUAGAUUUCAAAACAUCAAAUACCAUGAUUUACUCUAGAAGCCAAAAUAUUCUCGCAAAGUCUUAAGAUGUUCAAUUUUAAUCGAAUAGUCGCUCAAGAUUCGGAGCUUUUCCCAUCCUGUAUGAGUGUGUAAUAAUGCAAUUUCACGUCUUUUGAGAAGAUUGUUAUCGAUAUUCUUGGAGAUGAUUUUCUCGUAAAAAACAUGUAGUGUCGAUAUACGAAGUCAUUUCUAGUAUUACUUGGUUUGUUUUUGUUGAACUGGGAUGCAGAAUAAAGCGAGAAGUUGGUCAUACACAUUUAUAAUUCAUAUGUGAUCUCGAACGCGCUACCCGUCUUUUGCGCGGAACAAAUGUCCAGAUUUGUAAUAGAGUUUGAAAAUUAUUAGUACGCUGUUUAAAUUGAUCCAUAUUGCUGCAAUAUAUAGUGAUUGGAGUCUCUUGUUAUUUCGUGUACUCAUAACGGAAGAAGUUAACACUUGUUAACUGAAUGUUUUUUUUUCGAAGGAUUUUUUUAGCUUGAAUGUGCGUUGUUGCAAAACUUUAUUUCCUGCAUGUUAGUUAAUACAUUGAAUACCUCACUUCAAGAUAAUUUUAAACAAUCGCUAAGUCUUGUGUGAAAAAGAAUCUGUUUCAAUGGUCGCGGCAAGGGUCAUCUGCGUAGUUAUUGUGGUUUCAAAAAAAUUUGGCAUUGUUCAAUCGUAUUUGCUAUUUGCCAUUGUGUUCAUUCGUAACCCAGUAUUACUAAUUUGACCUGUUCUGCAUAAUCCUUGUAACUUGAUUUACAAGAACUUUAAUAUUUCCGAUCUUUUGUCCAGCAGUUGUUGUGACUAGCAGCUGACAGCUUUUUUAACGAGAUCGAUAAGUUGUCUUAUCGUAAAAGUUGAGUGCUAUUUGCAUUUGUUUUGCAAGUAGAGAGGUCAAUUGGAAUCAUCGAUCACAUGCGAAGAAACAAGGAAUACAUUAUAUCUGGACAAAACGAAAUUAACUCAAUCAAUUAAUAAAAUGUCUAUUUUAAAAAAUGAAUCCCUUGGGGACUUUGGAGUUUAGUCUUUGGAAUUAAGUUGUCCCCCAUUAUGACAGUUUCAUGGUCUUUAUAUUUGCUUUUAAAAUUAUAUUUCUUUUGUAUCCAGUCGACCAUUAUGAAUUAUUAAUUACGUAAAGCUGAGCUAAUAUCAGUAUCAGUAACAAUAAACACAGUAGACUCAAGAAUUUUUUAACUACUUACUUAAUGAGAAACACAGCAGUUAAAAGUGAACACUCACUGAAAAUUCUCAGUCUUGCCUUAUUUAAUAAUGACAACUAAUGCAUUUGUAUUUAAUUAUUUAUUUUGUGCAGUAGAAGUUAUAUUAGAUCUAUGAGUUUUGGACAGAUCGCAAUAUAAUAUAAUACAGGAAAAUCGUGCAUUCUUGGCCCUUGACGGAGAAAAUAUAGAAAUAUUGACACAAAUGUGUUUCUUCUGCAUUGAGAUGUUGGUGUGUCACAGUUGUUAUCCUUUAGGGAUACAUCUGGUGCAAUUCAGUUAGUACCUUUUAAACUACAAUUAAGGGUAUGGUAAUUGAUAAGGUAAUAAAAUCAUUCAAUCACACAGUGAGGCAGCUGGCUCUUUUAGACGAGGGAACUUGUUUAAAGCCUGCAUUGAUUUUCAGAAAAUGUUCCAUUUGUAUUUUGGCUUAAAAUAUUAUCUUUAAUACUCUUGAAUGAAUGCAAAAGUCAGACUGCCAUGUACAAAAAUGCAUUAAAUGAUUGUGUAGCUUAGACGUCUUAGUUAAAACAGACUUUUCUUUUAAUAGAUAGCCCUCUUUGUUCGAAGACUAACAUUAAUGGGACUGCCUUUCCAAGUACUUAUGUGGGAAUACCGCCAUGCUUUUCGUACCAAGUUACUUCAGAAUUUAAUUUGUUUUUAUUUUUGUUUGCCCGUAAAGAGUCAUUGCUUUUAAGAUUUUCUUACCUCUGUUUUUAAUCGGAAUUAUUUUUUUGAGAUUAAAAACUUUGACUUGUAAGACAAGGGGUAAGUUUCUUCUGGAAAUCAAACAUGAUAUUUUUCCAUUUAAAACAAAAUUAAUUCUGUCAGCACUGGUUGAAAACAUUGACAAGGUACUGAAAGUUAGACUAGCCUCCCUAUUUAGGCCAUCAUGGGGAGUAUCCCCAGGCUCUUCAGAAAGACAUUGUACCAUCAAAAUAACUUUCUUUGCAUAUUUACCCUAUCGUGUUUUUGUGUGCUUGAAGAGGCAUGUCUGCUGAGUGAGAAACACCUUAAACUUUGGCUGUCUGAGUCCUAUCCUUGUUGUUACAUAGUCUUCUUGGAGUAAAAAUUUUGCACCACUUUGGCCUUCUUCAGCCAGGCUGUGUAUAAAUUGAGUGUACAUGCUUCAUAUGGUGCUACAGAAACUGGUUUAAAGUAUUGUUAAGUGUGUACCUUUACCUUCAGUUAAAUAUAAAAAUACCUGUGGUGACUGCUCACUAAAUCUAAAUACCAUGGAAAGGAAAUAGAAGAAACAAGAAAAAUGCAGUGAUAUUAGUAUAGGUAAUAGUGUGAUUUGUAGUGAUAUUUGGCAUAAACAUGUUUUGAAAAUUAUUGUUUUAUGUAACGGCUCGUGAAACUUGAGACAAUUUUGAAAUAUCACAAGUUGUAUUUAUGCCAAAUAUGCCAUACAAAUCAUGCUAUUGCUUGUUUAUACUACUACCUGCAACAGUUUGUAAUUUUCACAUGAAGGUAUUUCAAGUUAAGCUGAAAUAUCUCUUUUCUAAGCCAAACAAAAUGUAGAAAUUUCUCAUGUAGUAGUGUAAACUCUCUUAUGCCUUUGUAUUUUACAGUUGUGUGGUGGUUUUGUUCAACCCAAGAAAAAAUAAGCAGAGUUUUGUUCUCAAUACUUCAAGGUAAGGGCGUCUGUUAUAGUUAAUGUUAUAAAGAGAUAUGCUUUAUUGCCAUGCAAUAUACAUGCACAUGGUGAUUUAAGUGCAUAAAUGUUUGGUUUUAAAGUGUUUGUGCAAAAUUGCUGCAUAUAACUACAUGUAUUGUUUAAGUUAAUACUUAAAAUGUCAAUUCUUUCGACCAGGAAAACAAUUACAUGCCUUGCAUUUUCUGGUGAUGGCAAAUACUUGGCAACAGGCGAAGUAAGUCUGCUCAAUAAAAUUUACGUUACUUAACUAUUAGUUGAAUCAAAAGUGAUGUUAUUUGGUCGUUUGUUACAAAGUCUAACUUAGGCUGCUGUUUAAGAAAUUAUUUGACCUCCAGAUGUCUUUCUUAGUGGGUUGAUUUAAGAAAAUAAGUGCUUUUCCAGUCUACACUAUAUGCUUUAUUUAAAUUGUUCAUGAUAAAUGGUGUUAAGAUAAAAGCAUUGGGCAAACUGAAAAUGGCUUAGAAUGCGGAAGUUUUGUUUAACACGGGCUAAACUCCAUUUAAGUAACUGGUAACUGACCUGGAAUGAGUUUAAUAUGCAGAUAGAAUAUAUGCUUCUGUAUUGUUGAUGUUUUAUGAUGUUUUAACUAGAUGCUGUAACUAAGAAUGUACAAGAUUCAGUUUUCUUAAAAUUGAAAAAUUAAUGAUUAUUAUGUUUAUCGAUAGUACAAUAUCAAGGAUUUAAGCAAAACACUGUUUUAAAAUUGUGAUUGCAUCACCAUUAGCCUGCACACUGCAAAACAUUAUUUUGUCACAACUGCAGGGUUCGCACUGUCCUUGAAAAAUCCUUGAAUUUUAGAGGGAGUCCUUGAAAAGUCCUUAAAUUUCUAUGCAAGUCCUUGAAAAGUGCUUGAAUUUCUUUAACUGCGAAUGUAGUGGCCUUUAUCAAAAGUGUUUUUUAAUGCUUUUUGGUUGUCUAAGACAGAGGAUAAAUCAUAGUUCAGAGAAGUUAAAGGUGAUUUACAUAAAGCGUUUUUGUCUUGUGCAAGAAUUCAUUAUCAAUUUGAGACAAGCGAACAGAGAAUGUGGUGAAGCAAACAGUUCAGGCCUUAAAGUUCUGUCAGCGUGGACUGGGAAUUUGCUGUUCUGUACAAUCUGUGAAAUUACAUUCCUGGAAGGUGGUCCUUGAAAAUCGAAUGUGGUCCUUGAAGAGUCCUUUAAAAUAGUUACAAUUUUUUGUAUGAACCCUGCGACUGUGUUACAUUCUUGUACUUCCAUGCAAACGUGCUUUGCUGCCAAUCAGAGUGUGCACGUAGUAUCAUAGUUACCAUAAAUCCUCUACAAAGCCCCCCUCUCAAAUAAGCCCCAGUGUUUUCCUUAUCGGGCAGUAACCAGUAAAAUUUACCACCUGAGGCAACACUUCUUACCACCUGCGACUGCUUGAAGGUUUACAAAAAAUUGAUAUUCAAUAGGAAGGUAAAAAGUUAACAUUACUUUCGGGUAGCCAUUAUUUUCAGGGUACUGUUACUUUCGGAAUUCUAAGGACCCCCUGGAAGGAAUGUAAUAGAAUAUUGUGUAUUUCUUUGGAUUAUAGAAAAAAACAAUUGUGCUCUCUUUUGCAAACGUUUUCCCUUAGCCACUAUUAGAAGUCAAAUGGUCGGCCCAUAAGUAACUCUCUGUAUCAGUUGUAACUUUUUGUUGUGUUUUCAGAGUGGCCACAUGCCAUCUGUUCGUAUCUGGGACAUGGAGGAUCAGUUACACCCUCAGAUUGCAGAGAUGACAAAGGGACACAAGUUUGGUGUAGCUUGUGUGGUAUGCAAAAUUAGCAGCAGUAUUAAACACAGAAUUAUUUUAAUCUGCGCCACAGACAGAACUAAACUGGUGAAGUCCGUCUGUGAAACAUCACUGAAAUCGUUGUUGUGGGCCCCCGACCUGUUUAUGUACUGGUACCAGGAUUUGAUUACGUGCUAUGAUUCUCCUGUUUAAAGCCAUUAUCGGGAUAUUCGAAAUGCAUUUUUGGUAAUUGGUUGAGUUCAUUUGGGGCCCAGCCUAGUAAUAUACUUAAUGAAUAAAUUAUUAUACCCUGCAACUUGAACUCUUAAUGACAACCGCAAGGAACCUUUCUAGGUCUGUCCUUUACUGACGGUGUGUGUUGAAAGAGGCAUCAUUAAUACAUGUAAGGCCCUGUUAGGGUGAAAUUCUGAUAAGUGAUGUGAGCUUAAAACAGCAACAUAAUUAAAGCAGAUGAAAUGGUAACAAACAAGUGACAAAGAUGGGUUGAAAUUGCAUGUAAGAACAAAAUUUUAGUAAAACAAUGACAGGGACAUGGCCUUCUUCUCAAUGUGUGAAACAUUGGGUUUUGAAAUUGAGACAUACGACACCCCCUCCCCGCCCCCCCACACCCUCUUUAGGGGCUCCUUAAUGAUCAGAAUUGAGAAGUUACUUGCUUUAUUUUCUUGGCACCGUGUCAGUGUAUCUCUUGUUGAUUAUUGAUCUUUUGUGUUGCUUCCAGGCCUUUUCACCUAACCUAAAAUAUGUGGCCUCAGUUGGUUUUCAGCAUGACAUGAUAGUAAACAUUUGGAAUUGGAAGGUAUGAUACUCUGUAACACAACAGACAUACUAUUCACUAGAGUGCCCCAACAUAUAUUUCAGGUUGUUAAACAGUGACAGGACUGUGUUCUAUGGGCAGUGCCCAAGCCUGUCACGCCUUAUUUUGCUCUUGGGUUUUCUCAUAGUAGUAAAAGUGCUAGACCCAUAAGGUUUCAGUAAUAAUUAUUUUGAAUGUUUGCACCAAAGGAAUGUUCCUUUGUGAUGCAAAAAGUUUUAAAAAAAAAUGUCUCAUUGUGGUCUCAAUCGUGCAAUGAUGCUGUUAGUGUAGUUGAAUUGUUUCUGCUUGUCAUUUGUGAAAAUGUCUUUGUUAAUAAAAUGUAGAGUAGUGAGGUGUGAAAUGUUAUUCCUGACAGCAUAUAAAACAAUAAUAUAAUUAUAAUUACCGUAUUUUUAUUAUGAAUAAACAAAAGGACAAUAGGCUUUAGACUAUGUUUCAAAUAUGAAGAAAGAUUGAAGAAAUUUUUUUCAAUCGUGCUCUUUGAGUGGCAACUAAUAUAAUUAUAUAGUUUGUUAUAGUUUAUAAAGAGUUAUUUAUUAUUGGUGUUUGUUUUAUAGACCAGCACAAAGGUUGCAAGCAACAAAGUCUCAUCAAAGGUAUAAAACCUUACAAUGCUCUCUUUGACCAUUAUGUCGAAGAGAUACUUAAACUAUAAAGUACUCAAUUAGCAGCAGAGCCUGAGGUCGUCAAACUCUUGCGUUUUGUUUUUCUUGGUUGAUUUCCUUUGUUUACUCUUUAUGAAUUUGUACUUGAUGCCUUUGAGAUGCGCAUUAAAAAUUAACUGAGGAAGUUACAUGUUCAUCAGUUAAUUGUACAGUUUUUAACUGCUUGGCCUUUUAAGCAGAAACAUCUCUGCUCGUUCCGUUUGAGAAGGGAGUGCUCCGACCAUCUGCUAACGUACUGUGCUAUCAUUGAGUGCGUGGUAAAUGACAUUUUUAAUUAAUGACUUCACACUUAGGUGUCAGCUUUGUCAUUCUCUGAAAAUGGAAGUUACUUUGUCACUGUUGGUGUUCGUCAUGUUAAGUUUUGGUAUUUUGAUACAGAAUCCAACAAAUCAAAGGUGAGUGAAAUAGUGAGAGUGAGCGGAAUUGUUUUUAAACAAGUGGAAUAUGUUUUCAAAGGCUAACCUCAAAUGUAUAGUUACUACAAUGUAGCUCAAAUCCAACCUACAUUCUUAUAUAAUAAAUACUGUUUAUGUGUUGUCGAAAUAUUGAAACAUGUCCAUGGUCCCAGAGUAUUGUGUCUUGUGAUACCCCUGCUGAGAAAGAGAAGAUAUGUUGAUGGAUCUGUUUGUUGACUUCAUGUAUUGUUAGCUAACGUCUGUACUUUUAUUUCUUCAGUUUGUUACUGACAAUAAUUGCCACAAAGGCAAUUCCAAAAUGUUUCUUUUUUUCGUUUUGUGAUUUGCUAAGAAGAGCCAUUUUAGUUCGAGUAAUCAUGCUUAAGGGCCUAUCUUCAAUAAAAUUAAUAUUGUCUUUGAUAAAUAUUUUGGAAACUAUCUUCUCUUAACAGGCUGUCACAUCUGUCAACACUAACUAAUUAAAAAUAAUUGCUCACAUCAAAUGAUUGACAAGAAAACAAUUUUUCAUUUAUUUAGUCGCUUUUGUUCAGUUUUUACCUGGGGCAAAUUUUGACCAUGGUACCUUUAAAGAUUGUCCAUCUCAAAGUUUGAAAAACACCACAAACCAUCUGCAUUUGUUAAGUGUUAGUGGUGACAGAAAAUUUUUCUAAAUAAACAGCCUUUUUGCUUGUUUGGCUAGGUUUAAUUGACAAUGAAUUAAUGGGAACAUGAUUUUCUUGCAGGUUUCAAAGACACUUGUGAUCAAUGGACGGGCAGCUCUUUUAGGGGAGCAAAGAAACAACACAUUUUGUGAUGUAGCCUGUGGUCGUGGACUGAACUCUGAUAUUACGUACUGCGUAACAAGUUCAGGUUUAUUGUGUUCUGUUAACAGCAAGCGAGUGUUGGAUUCUUGGGUGGAACUCAAGGUAAACAGUUUCUUUUGAAAGCUUACCCCUGUUGACUGUCCUAAUAACCUCUCUUUUUAAAAAUUAAUAUUAAAUAAUUCUUAGUGGAGACUAUCCUGGAAAAUGAUAAAAUGUAAUUUGUCAUAGAUUCAUGAUAAUUAUGCAUCAUAUCUUCUUCAUUUCAACAGGCAUCUAAAGCUCAUGCAAUAGCAGUUAGUGACCACUACAUAGUGUGUGGAUGUACUGAUGGAAUUAUAAGGUACGAGAAUGCAAUGACUACAGUUUAUAUAGUGGAAGUUCUCCUAACGGACACUCUUGUAUGCAGACAGCUCUACCUAUGAAUGCCUUUGCAAAAUCCCAGGCGUUUUUCUCAGCUCCCAUACAAACUCUGUAUUAGCUCUAGUUACGGGCACCUUUUUUGGGUCCUGAGGGUGUCUGCUCACGAGAACGUCCACUGUAUAAAUACAUGCCUUUGGAUGGUUGACUUUUAAAUUUAAAAGUCACCUCCUUCAUUAUUACUGUCUUGUUUGGUCUCAUGAAUUUUUUAAUGGAAGAGAAGUGGAUGCAGUGUGAGAGAUAAGCUUUAUAAGGCAAUACCUGCUCCUCAGUAACUCUAAAGGAGAAGACAUACAAUGAAAUUUUGGUAACUAUUUACUAUCCCUUCACACUAUAUGCUUUACGCUUUAGCUAAGGGUUAUAUACAACACAUGUUUUUAAAGUCUACUAUUAUUAAUGAGAGCUCAUCAUUUUUUUCAGAGUAUUUAAUCCUUUAAAGUUACAACAUAUUGUAACAUUUCCUAAACCUCACUUUCUGGGUGUCAACAUAGCAGAGGGAAUUGAUUUCAGGUAACAAAAUAGUACUAAUAAUAAUUAUCAGUAUCUUACAACUCUCCCAAGGCAAAGUAAGUUUUUAUCGGUCUUCUUUGUGCACAUGUGUUUAAUUUUAUUGUACAUGUGAUGUGUAGUGCAUUAAGUAAUGUAUUAGUUGGAUAAUAUUACCAGUAGUUUUCAAUGUUUAUGCUUGCAAUGUAGCUCAGAAUUACUCAGUAGAGUUUAAAGGAAAAAAAACUUACCCAUGUAUGAAAAUCAGAAUUUCUAUGGAUUAAUGUUGGUAAUGUACGUGCAGUUGACAUUUCUGUGUCUUUUAUUUUUAAUGCUUGCAUUUUAGUAAUCCACUGUCAAAGCCAGAAAAAGCUGUUUAUCCUGAUACUGUUGCUGUUGCCCUUGACACAGUCAAUCAGAGGGUGAGAUAACUUUAGUUAAUAUUAUGUGAUUUUGACUAACUUGGAUGUUACUGAAAGGCUGGUGAUUUUAAAAACUAUUCUCAGUACACAGGCUGAAUGGUUAAGCUGUUUUUGGACACUGUUUUUGAAGAGCUUGGUUAAGAUUUUGUCUAAAAAAAGCUCAGUAUAGCCACUGCAGUCAUUUAAAAGGUGGAUAGCUCUAUACCCAUUGAAUAAAACAGUAUACUGUUGAUAACACAAUUUUUGGUUUUUUGUAUAAAUACUUUUCCACUGGAUAGUCAUCUAUCCGGUGGAUAAUGCUACCCACUUUUUGAUCAAUCGAGUAGGGCCUGACAUAUUCUUGUCAACAUCACUGAAACAGUACAUAUAAAACUUGAAUCAUUUAGUAUAGGAUGUGUCUAAUCAAAAAUAUACGUAAGGAAAUGUUUAAUACCUUUUGGAUAUUUUUAUUGUGUUUUGAUAAAUAUGAAUAUUGUUGUUUUGUUUAUUUGUUUGUUUGUUUGUUUGUUCUUGCAGUUGACUUGUGUAUAUAAUGACCACAGCUUGUAUACAUGGGAUAUGAAAGACAUAAAAAUGAUUGGAAAAACUUGGUCUUCACUGUACCACAGUACAUGUGUUUGGGGUGUUGAGGUAAAACAUGCAGCCUGGUUGUUGUUGUUGUUGUUUUUGGUGAUUCAAUAGCUUCGAUCUGCAGAAGAGAACAGAUUUGCAUAAAGCCUGCAGGAACAGCUUGGUCUGGGCUUUUUACCAGAUCUGAGUCACAUGUUUAUACAUCCGUUUGAGUUCUGCUCUGUCUGCUUACUAGCUGGAUCUCGUUUCAUGGUCAUGCUGAGUCCUACUGUUCGGUCAACUGCUUGCUUUCUGCCAGUUGAGUUUUUGAAAUUAUGUUAUGUUUGACUGGGAUUGGUUCCUUGUAAUCCUAAUCUCCAGGUUGCUGUACUUUGUAUUAUGCAUGCACAGCACUUUCAGACUAGGCCCAUACAUAGCCAGCACUUGUUUGGACUUGGCAGGCGCUUAGAUUGCAUGUAAGCCAAUGUGAACAUGCUUGUUAGGACCUUCUGUCACUCCCAAUCUGAUCAUGGCCAUUUUGAUCUUAUGUCACGUGAGACUUGUGCAAAGCUCAGCAUCAGAGUAAGAGUGUUUUUACCUUCGAUCAGUGUUGCCUGUGCUGAUCCCUAACCUUUGGUUAUUACUACAGACAACUUUUUUUAAGACCACGACUAAGUGUACAUCUUAGAGAGAUGCCUUUCUAAUGGAAAUUCAAAUAAAGGGUGUAAAGAAAGGAAUUGAAGGGACUUGCUCUAGGUGACUGUCUUAUAGAGGUGUCGGUUAAGAAAAAUCUUGACUGUAGUUUGUUUAUAGCAUUGUAUGUGAUUAUCUGAGUAGAAUGCCUUUACAUUACAUUGGAUCAGCUAGGUGUACUUUCUUCCCCUAUAAGCAAAACAGUAAAUCAUGUAACUAUACAACAAUGAAGUAGUGAAAUAUUUAUAUAUCAUUGGUUUGUCCACUUACAUUUGGUAUGAUGGUAAACUAUGCAGGUCUAUCCCAGUGUGUCAGACAAUCGGCAAGCAGCUCUCCCACCUGGUUCUUUUCUAACAUGUUCUUCUGAUGAUACUGUCAGGGUCUGGAAUAUUGAAGAAGGUGAGAAUCUUGUUUUCUAGGUACAAUUGCUAUGGCUGAAGUUAUCUCUAGCUGCUACCAGAUCCAUACAGGCAUUUCUGGUCUUUACCACAAAUUAUUACAACUGAUUGUGAUGGAACAAGUUGGAAUAAUACUAUUCUUUGAAUCUGAAUACACCCUGAAACAGAAGUCAAUCCUCUUUGGAGUUCUCUAUUUCUUCCGUUCACUAACUCCUGUUAAGAAGAGUACUUAAGUUAAAAAGAAGUGAAUAAUUUUUUUCAUGCUUUGUGUUCUUGUAAAUGUAUGCACUUCUGUAAUAUUUCUUUUUUAGGAACAAGCACGUUAUUUGAAAGAAAUGUGUACAGCAAGGUACGUCGCAUUACGUUACAUUUUUCCCCUUGUUUUACCCACAGAAUCUAUUUUCCAAUAAGUUCAAUAACCAGAAUCUUAAACCAUUGACAUUGACUCUAAUAAUGACUCCUGCACAGGCUUUAAUUAAAACAUCAGUCACUGUCACUAACAGUCUUAUUCUUGACUAUACACUCAACUUACUUAUGACACUUUUCCUGUGAUCAAAUUAUUUAUUAAUAGUAACUACAAAAAUUAACUACAAAGAUUCAAACAAUCUUUUUGUUUCUUACAAUGUAUGUUGCAGGAGAUGAUGAAGAUCUUAUACACAGGAGAUACAGUUGACAAUCUCAAGGAUACUGAUGUCAGUCCAGGUUUGUGGGGAGCAAUACCUGUUAACGACUGCACAGAAAUCCUUACUUUAUUUUUAUUUCUAUUUUACUAUCAUUUUGCCAUUUAAGUUAAUUAUAUACAUGAAAUUUAAAAAAAAAACAAGAUGAGGCAAGGGAGCUCAAGGAAGCCAAUAGGCCAAUAAAAAGGACCACCUUCAAAAUACAUGUUUAUUACACAAUUAAUAAAUAAAAUACUGGCAUCGGCGAGACAAUUAGACUAAGCAGAUACAAUUUCUUUACAACAUGGAAAAUAAUCAUUAUAUAGGAUAAAAAUAGAUAAGGCUGAAUGUGCAAGUGCAAAAACGAAAAAGAAAAAGUGAGAAAAAAUAUUGCAAGAAUAUACGAGAAAUUUAAAGCGAAAGAAGCGAAAAACUACACACAAGCAUUAAGAGAAGUAAAGUGCUCUUAUACCAAGAAAAAUGACUUUAGUUAGAAGUGAACACUGGGUAUGUAUGCUAUUAGUAGGAAGGGAAAUUGAAGAGGUAGGAAAGUCUUUAAUGUUCAGUUACUUGUGUUUAUUUUGAAAGAAUACGCUGUAUUCAUAGUCGGUGCCAUUUUAUUUAUCAUUUAUAACUUUUAUUUAUAUUUUUGUAAACAUAUUUCUUUGAUUUUUCUCGUAGCAAUCAAGAAUAUGAGAGAUUCUACCAGUGAGUAUCGUAACAGUGGAGUAAGAUGUCUGCGAAUCAGUCCUGAUGGUCAAACACUUGCUACUGGCGAUAGAUCGGGCAAUGUCAGGUUUGUUGUCUCUAGUUGGUCACGGUGGCAUUGAUUGAUUAACAGAUUUUUAAAUACUUGAACUCGGAUAGUCUACUAACAGAUGUUGUUCAAUUAGGUUUCUAUCCCAUGUGAAAUUCUCUCUUUAUUUCACUGGCAAAUUCAAGAGAAAAAGAGUUAAUAAGCUGUUUCGCGGGUUUUUGGGUCUUUAGUCUCGGUACCUACAGCCGGUUUUAGCCGGGAGUUUCGAGGGUGGAAAAUCUAAGAAUUUAAGUCCUAUUUUUGCAGGUAAGGGGCAUAAAGAAAAAUUAAAGGGCUUACGAAAUAUGAAUUAUUUGACUUAUGAGCUAAUUUUUUUCUUUGUAAUUUCUUGUUAACAGGGUUUACGACUUGAUGUUCUGUGAUGAAAUUGCGAAGAUCGAGGCUCAUGAAUCUGAAGUGUUGUGUGUAGAAUUUACUCCUACUGAAAGUGGUAAUGAUAUGAAGAAAUUCAGCAAAUAUCGCGAGGCCACCACUAGUUUCCCCGCGAAAUGGCGUCAGAGGCAUGAGCGCAAAAAAUUCCAUGCUAAUGACGUGUCAGUACGCAGAUCUGGGUAGUGCUUCUGACUGGUUUACGCAAAUUUCCCGGCAUGAACAAUGAGGAACUCUACCCUGAUUUGGGUAAUGACACGUCAUCAGUAUGGAAUUUCUACUCUCGUUCCUCAGACUUCAAUUCGCGGGGAAGACGUUAGCCUGCGAAAACAGCCGUUUCUCCUCGCUCCUUGCCGCUGGGGACGUUUCCAGCGGCGAAGAGCGAGGAGAAACGACUGUUUUCGCAGGCUAGGAAAACGUCAGCUGUUUUUCAGGCUGCCCUGUAAACUGCAAAUUACGGUCAGCGCCUUCGUGCCAAACUCGCGGAUAACGGUGAAGUGCCCGAAGAAAAAUAUAACCAAGUGAAGGAGAAAACUCCCGGAGAAAACUUGAAUCUUUUAGAGGAAUGCUUUAAGAUUGAGAAAUACGCAGCAUCACUCACUUUUUUCCCUCCGCUUUUUUCUUGGGGGGGGGGGUGGGGGGUUAAGGGGGAAUUUGAAAUUGGAUAAGUGAAACUUAAUUCGGAUUCCCACUUUAAACUCAACUUACGUACCCUUGGCAAUCUUUUCUCUUCACUUGUAGGUCAUAAAUUGCUGGCCUCUGCUGGACGUGAUCGACUUAUUCACGUCUUCGAUGUACAAAAUAACUUCAGUUUUGUUCAGACUUUAGAUGAUCAUUCAGCUUCCAUCACCUCCAUCAAAUUCAACAGUAAGUUAAGUAGUAGUGGUAGUGAUUACGUUUAUCCUCACGCAAAGUGGAACCCUAGCCUCUCAUUCAAGGAGGACAGACGGCAAAUUGUUGUUGCUCGGAAUAUCUAAAAGUCGUAAUUGAUAUCAUGUGUGGUUAAUUUUCCUGAAGGGAGAGGGACAUCAGUACGUAGUUGGUUGAUUUUCGUUGAAUUUCACUUGUUUCUUAACUUUCCCUUAAGGCAGAAAUCUAAUAAUAAUAAUAAUGACUUUUUUUACAGUAUUUCCACUGAAAGGUGGCUCUUCAUCUGUAAAAAAUAAUAACAAUAAAAAUAUUAAUUAUCCUGUGAGCCGAUCAGCACAUAAACUGGUUAAUGGUUAGUGGACAUUCUAUGGGCUUAGACAGGUUCCUUUGUGAUGCAGACGAACAUUACUUUCAAGAUUCUAAAAUUAGAGCUGGACUGGACCCUUUCAUUAAACCAAAUAAAAUGAUUCCCCAAUAUAACGAACUGCCAAAGAAUAGAGAAAAUGUAUUCGUUAUAACUGGGAUACGCUAAAUCGGGGUCUUGUUCCAUCGGUUUAGUGGGAUCUUUGUUUCUAUGAGGAGGGUUUUUUUCCUUUUUACCUGAGUUCCAUUGUAUCACGCAGGUCUGAUGCCAACUUUUUCGUUUCAGUGUCUGAAUCUGAAGAACUUCAGCUGUUGAGCUGUGGAGCUGACAAAAGUAUCAUAUUUAGAACCGCUCAACAGGUAUCUUAAAUAUUCAAUUGCUUAUAACUUGUAAUGUUUCCGCAGGCGUUGGUGAACCCCUAAUUUCUCCCUCCUUCUCUUUCGAACCCCCCUCCUUUCCAAGGUAAAAAUUCAUAGGAGAGACUAUCAUAUUACUCAGACCUCAAUAGAAGGAGUUCUUGGAGCUUCCCCUUGAGUAAGAAAUUAUAGGAGGCACCGGACUGGAUUGUAACACGGCUUGGUCUAUUGCUUUUUUCCAGGCGUUCAGAUGGUGGAGUGCGGCGAGAAGUCAGAGAGCGGGAAACUGAAAGAGAAGUGUCACUUCUCUCUCACCCCUCCCCCUCUUCCUCUGUUUUUUGCCUGCUCACAUCUCUUCGCGCGGCCCCCAAGAUCUGAACACCUGGAACAGCCGGCCGGCUACUUGGUCCAACACAUAUCUAAUGCUCAACAAUAAACGUCGUCCCUAUUGCGUGGACAAGCGCUCUCUUUUGACUUAAUUUAACAGUUUCUUCUUUAUCUUUGUAGAAUCCAGAGCUGCAGUUUGUUAGAACCACGAAUCAUGUUGGUAAAACUACAUUUUAUGACAUGGACAUAGACGUGUCAAGGUGAGGUCAUGUCCUUUAUUUUCCUCUGCAACAGUUAAAUACCAGAUGUUUCUCCUCUAUUGUAUUCUCAUACGUAAUUUCGAUCUGUUUUUUAAAAUUUGGUUUGAUCAUUUUUUUUCCCAGAAAACAUGCAGCUACUGCUUGUCAAGACCGAAACGUCAGGUAUGAGUUAAACAUUGAAUUGAAAAUAAUAAUAUGGAGACUGAGUGGUCAUCAUAGGAACAGAGUGUUACGUUCAGUGAAAAUAAAACUGAGAGAAAUGUAAGCAAAGUUUUUCCAUUUUGCGCAUGACACCGUGGCGUCUCUAACGGCUUAGUAAAAUUCAGAUUGUUGGUGUGUUUAGCAGAACCCGAUGAAAAAACCAAUCAGUCAGCCGUUGUAGGCCCUAGGAAUCCCGGCGAUCUGAUUAUCAUGAGGUCGUGAGUGAGGGAGUAAGAAACGGAAUACUGUAGAGCGUUUCCACCGAUGGCGUCACGUCGGCCAUAUUGGUGUUUCAAAAGAAUGAGACGGCGGCCAUGUUGGUGUUCCAAACCAAGCCGGAGGGGCCGGGGUUGAUCCUCUUUUCGAAAUUUUUGCGGGUUCUAAUUUUUGCGAUUUUUCCAGCUAUCCGUUAUUGCAAAUAAAAAUUAACUCAAACAUUUUUCCGCAAAAAUUUACUCCAGAGUAACAUUUUCUAACUUAAAUUCGCUACACAAAAAUUCAGUACUAAGAAAUCGUGUCUGUUCAAUUACAACUUGUCUCUUUCAUUCAGAAACAGCGUAGACGCUUUUACAAAUACGACUUCGGCCUGCGAUACCGUUGCUGGUUGAAAGAGAUCGCAUACUCGGUGAUGCUAUUUAGGAGGAAGCGUGGCCGAGCAGUUAGAGAGCUGGACUUGUAAUCCGGAGAUCCCUCCCUGACCGCUAGCGGGAUUUGUUCUCGGUAGCCCUGUGUUCAAAUCCUUAGCCACGCUUGUAAAAUAGCCAACUGGUUCGUCUCCUACCAGUUGGGAUUCUUAAACUUGUUCAAUUUGAAUUAUUGGUUUCAUGAUUUUUCCUGAAAAGCCCCGUAAGCGGAGAAUAUAGCUAAGUAUUUUAUUUAAUUUUUAAGUCAGACAAGCAUAUGGAUAUCUUCCAUGCAUAUUCUCUCUUCUAUAAAGAAGGACUUACCAAAAUAAAAUUCAUCCAUUCGUGCUUGCUCCUGAUUAUGAGUUGUUGUUCCCUUUUUUGCAGAGUUUAUGAUGUUAGCAGUGGUAAACAAACAAGAAUCUAUAAAGGAACUCCAGGAGAUGACGGAACUCUCGUUAGAGUAUGUUUCCUUCAUCACUAUCAUUUCUUUGCUAAGCUUUAAACAAUUUCCUGGCAGGUGCCGGUCAAGUUUUCCGGUUAAACCGAUUUUCGCUCGGACACAACCCGUCUUUGGCCGGACAAGUAUACGUUAAUUACGUCAUACCUUCAUUAAGGAACCAGCCCCCCUAAUCCUACACCCCCCAAAGCUUUCUUUUUUGUACAUGAACUUGAGUUAGACUCCAUUCCUGAAUAGUCCAGUCUGUUAAGAGUGGCAUCACUCUCUCCUUAAUGAAAGGUAAAAACAAAUCCGUAAAAAAAAAGAAAAAUUACUAUAAUCGACUGAGGUUUCAUGCUCUUUGUCUAAAUUGUUGUUUUGGAUCAUCGGCGUAUGGUACACGUACUUUAGAGAUGAUUUGUAUGUUUUUGGUUCCUCUAGAAUUAAUACGUUGUUUUUGUCGUUGUUAGAUAACUCUGGACAACUCUGGCACCUACGCAGCCUCGAGUUGUUCAGAUAAAACCGUCAGUAUCGCUGAAUUUGACUCCGGGGAAUGUGUGGCCAGUAUGUCUGGACAUUCUGGUGAGUUGUAGACUAGAUAGUGUUCGUUUUGGAAUAAAAUAUAAGGAUAUUAAGUGACCGACUUAUAACUAGCCAUUGUAGUAUUUGGGAAAAGUUCGGGGGCAUUGAGCAAAGUUCUAUACUGGGAGGCUCCAACCCUUUACCUUUAGAUUUUGACAAAAAAGGCAUUCGUAUACCUAUUAUUGACUGAUAGUACCCUUUCACAUGACCAGUUAAGAACGCUUCAUCCCUUUUAACUGCUGAAAAUGCAGCUAAAUGAAUAAAUAAGACAACCAGAAAGAUUUUUUACUUUUGCGGAGCCACAAAAUGCUUCUGUUAGUCGGUUUAGGUCCUUUAACAGACCGAGGUGACAGAUUUCCCUUCCCUUUAAUAUACUUCAACUAGUGAAAUCCCUGCCCAGACUAUUAUAGAGAGUCCCCCCGCCCCCUGCCGGGGGAAGUGAAAUUAGAAUCUGUUUGUGUGGAAGGUAAGGAGAGGAUAACCACUUGACUAUGAACGUAGCUUGGAUAAAUUUUCACAGACCCCUUUUUCCGUGGGAUUGCUUACCGAGAUCGAUCACAGCCUCUAUUCUUACAUCCGCCCGAACCAAGUAAGCUAAGCCUGUUUGAAACAAAGGAGUAUGAGGCUUUACCUAAUACUUGACCAUUAAACUGUUUUUAGAGGUUGUCACUGGAAUCAAGUUCUCUGUUGACUGCAAGAAUCUCAUUUCUGUUGGAGGAGACGGGUGAGUUUUUCAACUUUGCGCCAACCUGUAUAAAAAUUUUGCAAUACUUGUACUUUGCGUCUGCACCGGAAACAUUAAUGAAAGCAACAACAUAUGACCUGAGAAUGAUUUUUUGUUCAGAUACUCAGCGACACAGUGCGACUAAAAAACCGGAGUUUUCCCAACAUGAAUCGAACCAACUAUUUUCUCGUUACUGCUGGAGAUGCUGUACUAUUAAGCUACGGGAAACUCGUCCAGGGCUUCUGGAGUAGUAUCUUAAAGGUCGUAGGUUCGACUUCGUUGGCAGAAUUCGGAUUGUUUUUUUGCCAAGUUGCCUGUCUUUUGACUAAAAAAAUAUCAUUCUCAUAAAUUCACCAGACUAAAAAUAUCGAUAUCGACAAGAGACCUCCACAGAAAGUGUUAUUUCAAUUCUUGUUUCAGUUUUUGCGGUAUCGGGACUGAACUAUCAGUACUGUUUUAUUGUUUACAAAAUAUAUAAAGACGUUUGCAUUGACCGCUUUAUUUGAUUUCUUUCUUCCUUGCAGUUGCAUCUUCGUAUGGAAUAUCCCCUCAACUUACACACAGGUAACACGUUAAAUAUUAUCUGGACGAAAUGUCUCAUUUCGAUGCUUUCUAGAAUUAACGUCUGACCAACGCCCCAAUUACAUGUAUGUAUACAUUAGUCAAAUCCAGGUGAUGUUCACCGCUGAAUCCAGGAUAGUGCCCUACAAUGAAGGAGCUGUAUAUAUAUUUUCAUCUUUUUAAAAAUCUUUUCUUUCCUACUUGUCUCUAAAAAAUGCGUGGUCACCACACAACAAUUUUUGCCUGCUUUAUAGAUCUCUAUUCUUUUUUUUCUUUCUUUUCUUUUCACCAGAAUAUGGUUGAAAAACUUCACGCUCUUGGACAUGAACCGGCGAUUAAGACCCAAUUGGGAACUCCACUCAGGUAAAAAGUCCUGACGUUUUUACGAGUUUUUUGCAGUUCUAUUUUUCCUCGUUUAUCCGUCGAGUAAUGUACCCCAGCAAGCACGAUCGCAAAAGAUACAGGUACACGUUAAAAUGUUUCAACACAGUCAAACGUCUGAGUACAGUGAGGCGGAUUUUUUCUCUAUGGUUUGAGAUUUCAUUUGCCAUAAAAUGGCAACACUUGCCAGAGAGGGUUUGAACUGACAGGACAUGAAAUAAAGCCCCGAACGACGGACAAUGUCCGGUCAAAAACAGGUGUUGUCUGGUCACAUCCAUGAAUGGUCGGUCACGUUUUAUGCAGUCUGUUGGCACGGGGCAGAGAAAAAAGGGUAAUUGUUACAGUGAUCAUGUUGCUAAUAAUUUGAGGGUUUUUUAACAAAGUGUUUUUCAUAUUAAAAACAGGCGGGACACGUACCAAAUAUCGCACCCUACCAUUCCUGAAGAGAGCGAGUUUUCGCCUGCAGGACCUUCGGCAUUCACGCGACCAUUUAGAGGUAGGCCAACUGAACAGUAAUCGGUAGCUUUAUAAUGCCUUGCUCAAAAUGAGCAGAAUGUUGAAUUGGAAAGAUCACUGAAACGUUCCCGCCUAAAAGAAAUCAGUUCAAGAAUUUUGUUUGCCUUUUCCCCGUUUCAAUUUAACCAAAGUUUUCUUGUCUAGGAACAUGUUGAUGAAAUAUAUAAUAUAUGAACAUUUCAUAUAAUUAUUUGAACCGUGGGAGGAAUAAGUAAAUGCAAAGGAGAUCAUCGCAGUUAAAGACGCAACUUAUGCAGUUGCGAAAAGAAAGCCUUAAAAAUUCAGACUUGCCGAUAUUCAAACAUGUUACUGAAGCUUAUGACGUACUGUUGAACCUCUUCUCCGUGAUUCAGUGAUGAUAAAAAUAGCCUGUGUACAGCUGCCCCCUUCCCUCAGAAAAAAAUCAGAGAAGGGGCCCCUUCGCCGAUUUUUUCUGAGGGGAGGGGGUCGGCUGUAUCCAGGCGAGAUAAAAAAAGCUUUCAUUAUUGCUUUUGUUUUAUACUCAAAACAAUCUAUAGGAAGGUCGACGCAAUCGUAAUUUUAUCCGGCCUUCGGGUAAAUGGGACGAAAGUUAAUAAAGUAGAAGCCCCGCCCAGUCUGAUCUGGAAGUUGAAUUUUAGUGCAGAUGGAAAGUUGAAAAAAUAAAAAAAGGUGACAAAUUAAUGCCGGUGAAUGCAGUAGAUACUAAAUAAAUCGGCAAAUCACUUUGCGUUGAAGUUUUGAUGGUGUUACAAAAAAAAUCAGUAGAGUGUCGAUGUCUUGAAAGUCCUUCUCUGUUUGUCACUUGUUUUCCCGUCUUGAUAUCUUCGUUGUCAUUUUAGAACCCAGUCCACCAGUUAAAGAUUACCGCUUCAGUGUUGGCCAGCUGCCUUCGUGGGCACAAAAGCAGGUAGGUUAAUUUAAAACCGUGCUCUUCUGCGGUGCUUGCGCCUGUUACUCGUGAUGCUUGCGUGCUCGUUUUUAUUACCCAAAUCAGCCCAACUCUUAAGCCCAACUCACUCGCUAGGUUUCGUACCAGGCCCUUGGAAGUAAUGAGCGCUCGAGGGAGACACGCGCGCCCCGUUCUUUCGGCGGGUGCCAGCUCCAAAAAUUAAAAUUGAAGAAAAACCCAAAAGAGUAACAAGUAAUAAAAUGAGAAAGUAUUGCUGAUGAAGAGGUUUUUUGUUUUGAGUUGAUGGAAGGUAGAAUUACUUUGCAUAUCUAUGACGUGUGGAAGUGACUUGACUCAAUAUAAUGCUAGUAGUAUCUGCUCCGCCGGGGAUUCUUAUGAAGUCGUUUUCUUUGUUUACUUAAUUAGCUCGUUGCUGAAGGAAGUGAAAAUGUAACCGUGUCUCCGGAACAGGACAACGGCCAACAGACAGCUCAACCCGGAGGGCGCUGGGCACAGGUGAGUGUUAGAAACAACAUGGAUUUACAUACAAUGCAACCUAACAAUUGCAUGCAUUACAUUCUCUCCAAAAAGUAGAUGUGCCCGGACUUCUACUCGUAAAAGACCUCCCGCAGUUCAACUCUCGUAAACGACUACCUCCCUUAAGCGACCACUAACUCUUUCACUAACUGGAAGUUCGAAUGUCGUGCCUUUUUUGCAAUUGUAGAAAUUUUCGCGCGAGGGCGAUAGUUUCUGAUGUAAUGUAAACUUGCCUACAAGUCGAGCUCAUAGUCUUUCUAGAGCGCGAAGCGUGAGCGGUAGAUUUCUUUUGUUUUCUGCGGCAAGAGAGAGCUGGGGCCAACUACCGGAACCGGAAAUGAGAAGCGAAGGACUUUGAGAAAGUCUAGAUGUAAUGGUAUAGGCAGGGAAAUGGCGCAAAAAUGAGGCAUCUCUUUCUUCCGCCGUCAUAGUGGUGUGAUUUUCCAAGAAACACGAAUCGGACAUAAAUUCUUCUGAGGUCACUAUGUAACUUGUGAUACAUUUCUGCAGUUAAUGAAAUUGAAAUUUUCUUUUACUUUUUUAGCGAAUUCAAAAUGGCGGAAUUCAUGUAGCGGGAGAAAACGGUACAUUACAACCGAUUAAAUUUCCACUUGAUCCAGCAGGUGAGGAUCGCAGAAUUAGUUAAUUCAUGUAUUUUAUUUGAGAAUAUUUUUAGACUUGGCUAGGGGGAAGUUACUUUCACGUGCAGGGCCCAGUCGUUCGAAAGGCGGAUGAUGCUAUGCACUGGGUAAGUCUCUAUCUACUGGAUAACGCAAUUGGGUAGUGAUUUAUCCAGUGGAUAGAGCUAUCCAACGUUUAAACAAUCGGGACCAGGAAAAUAUGCCCUGGUUGGGCCCGGUUGUUCGAAGGCCGAUUAGCGCUUAACCCGGGGUUAAAUUUAACCCGGGUUUCUUUUUCUUGUGUUCAAAAGCAUUUUCUCGGUUAAUUUUGUCUGUUAUUUUUAGAGCUUCCAAUCAUCAACUUGUAGACAAAAAGAAUUAAAACUGAAAUGCUUUUUAAGCUUUCAAAUAUGAAUUCAAAUCUCGCACUAACCCUGGGUUAUCUUAACCCAGCUUUGAACAACUCGGCCCUGGUGAGUAACCAGGAAAAAUCAGACCAGUAAUUGGUAAUUGUUUUUUUUAAGGUUGAGCCGGAGACAGGGUUGAAUUUCAGUGUGAGACUCUUUUAGUGACGCUUUACUCUUUCAUUGGUUCUUACUAAGUCGCACAGGAAACCGUUUUAACUGUUUUGACUUGUUUUUUUUUAAUUUUUUCUUUCAACAGACCGUAAACGAUACACGAUAGAACCAAUUUCUCUUCAAGAGCAAAUGAGAGCUCUGGCGAAUAGCGUAUGUAACUUGAAUUUAAUUUAACCCUCCCUGAAAACUCCCAGAAGUGAUUGUCAUGUAUCGUCUCCUUACAUCAGCCAGAGGGUUUUGUCUUUAUAGUGACCCAAAUUCUCUUAACUAAUGACCAAGGAAACGUAUAGCAGCGGGAAAGGAGAAUUUCUAAUCAGAUCGUGGAAGUGAAAGGGUUAGACCCAUGAGAGAACUUUGCUUCAUUUAUUCUCGAAAGCGGUUUCCCAUGACAAGUUUUCCAGUGGUGCAAAGGUCAGUUUAACAGAUCAGGAGACAAGGAAAAAGACAACACAAGACCGAAUUUCGAGUUCAUUUUUUUUUUGCUGGUUAGCGCACUCGACAGUGGUGUUGGCAUAUCCAUUUCAAAAUGAAAUGAAGAUUAAAUAAAUCCGCGGACCGAGUUUUUUCGGGUUCAAUGCCGGGAUCUAUUUUCAUGUUGUUUACUAGUGUUGUUUGUUUUCAUAUGGAGUUUGCGGAGUAAUAUAGUGUGCUAUGUCCUUUCCUCUUGACCUAUCGGAAGCUCUUGUUGCAGGCUACGCGCCAUAUCACUCAAUUUUGCGCGCGAAAAAAGUUUCUUUUGGCCCAAUCGUUAUAUUUAACGCCAUAGUCUGUUUGCUUGUCCUUAACGUUCUCUUCUUUCUCUCUUCGCAGCCUCUCGAGAGACGUUGUUCCCUUACAAAAGGGGUAAGCUAUUUUCUGUUAAUUCUCUCUUGUCCCUUGCAAUGAAACCUGGCAAGCUUAUCAAAAUCAAUUUUUUUCUGCACAUUCAAAACAGGGAAUUUCUUUAACAUGUAAAACCUUUGACUGAAGGGGCUUCGCGCUCGCGUGUAACGAGGGCCAACAACUUUUUGUCGAAAUUAGCAUCACGCAUGGAGCGUAGGUGCAUAGCACAUCGAGGCAGAAAUACGAGUUGGCUAUAUUUUUAUAUAUCUGUUAGUGACGUUAUCUACUUUUUCCUUUGUUUGUGCGGCCGUUUUGGCGAUCAAGAUGAUUGUUUCUGUCGGCUCAGUGUGCCAGGGUACGAAACUACCGAACGAGGGGCCAACAAUUUUUGUUUAAAUUAGCAUCACAAGCUGCAAUUCUUGCAACGUUGGUGAGACGAAAUUUUCACACAAUUGAAUUGAAAAUUUGGUUACUGAUUUUGUGAGUGGAAGGUUUAAACUAAAAAAAAUAUCGUGCGUAAAUUAUGUGUGAAUAUAUCUCUUAAUAGGAAGAUGAUGAUCUGUUCCCGGCCGAUGGCAGAGCUGCUUUGGAAGAGCUGACAGAAGAUGACAUGGAAAAUGAGGUAUAUAAUAUUUCAUGAGGGAGCACGAAACAUAAUAUUUACUGGUUAUGGUAAUUUUUGUAGGCAUGGCUUUAAAACUUGAAAAAGGUGGCCCAACGUUUUGAGUUUCGAUCCAUGUCCAUCCUACCCUGGGUACAAGAGUUUUUUUUCCGCGCGUGCGGGUGGAUGCUUCGGUGUCGGUAGCAGGCCGACAGUUGACCGAAACCGGAAACCGCGCAUGAAAAGUCUGUGGCACCCAGGGUAUGUCCAUCCUUACCAUCCGUAGCAAAAGACGACAGGAAACAGUUUCAAUUCCUAAAUCUAGUCUUAAAUAACAAAACUAGACUAGACGCGAAGACAGAUUGGAUUGUUAUACGUUUCUGGGAAACUGCCCACCUACCCCUCCCCUAAGCCAACAUUAACGCUUCCUUCUCACUUAGGGCAAAAUGUUGGCUUAGGGGAGGGGUAGGUGGGCAGUUUCCCAGAAUUUUAGCUUUUCAGAAAGAUAGCAAAUAGCGUGAUAUAGUCCCUUUAAGAGGUAAAACUUUCGCCUUGCAGGGUGAUAGUGAGGCGCCUUCUGGAGUCACCGUGACACGUGGCAGCGACGUCGCCAAUUAUCCUCCUCGAAGGAGCAGUGUACUGACCUCUGAAUCAGGAGAACUGAAGUUUGAGGAGGCAGAGGAACUUAAAGAGGGAGAAGUCAAGGAAGUAAUCAUCUACCUUCCACCAAGUCAGGAUGACUUUGACAGUGAAGUCGCCAGGUCAGACAAACAUUCCCAAUAUACCCCCCACGGGAUCCUUGAUCAUUCUCGACCCCAGUGCCUCUUGAGUCGUGAGGACCGAAGCCUCUCCGACCUUGAUCGCUCUGCUUGUGGUACUGGGGCAACGUCCUUCUCGAUGGGCCACAUGCCCUCUAUACCGCCACAACAAAGGAGGUCGACCUGUCAUACUAUUGGUGAAAGCGCAUCGAUACUCCCUUUUGGGGUAAUGUCGAAAGCUCCCCUUGUGCAAAGUCAAUCCCACUGUUGUAAUGUCUCUAUAACUGUAAGUUCUUCCUCACAUGUCAAAAACGAUUCCCCCGCGGAUCUUUGCAGAGUUUCUCCCAACCCUGAACAUCCUAAGCUUUCAACAUUCUAUCAAACAAAUGAAGUGAUUUCAGGUUUAAGUAGUAAAUCUCAUUUCAGUGAAGUUACAAAGCCUAAAACUAAAACGUUCGUGAACUCACCGUUACACUCUAAAGACAAUAAACGAUGUCUGCAAUUAAAUCCUUUUUCUGGAAACGUUAGUAACUGUAAACUAAACCUUGUAAAUGUUGAAAGUAGUAAAAACUCCUUUUCAGCUGAAAAUGAUUUUAUAGAAAUUUCUCUUAAAGAUGAUACGGUCAGUCCCACACUAUUAAAGUUUAACUUAAAAGAGAAACAUGCUUUCCUUACAGGAAUAAUAAACAAGAGGAAAGCGUUCUGCUUUAUUGUAAUGCUUACCGUUGCUUUACUCGGAUAUUACAACUUCGUAUGGAUCCAGUAAUUUGUUGGGAGAUAUCAGAUAAAUGAUUUUUAUAAAAGUAAUCACCGAAUGAUAAAUUGCUCCUCGUAUUUUGAAUAUGGUUCUGCCUUCCUUUUGCUGGCUAAAUUUGUCAUUAACUCCGAGAUUUCAAAUUUUUAGGUUGUUCCAAAGAUCUCAGCCACACAAAAAUACAAGUUUAUGGUCGUUAACAGUCGCCAUUACACUACGCGAAGCUUGUUCUUCUGGCUUAAUUGUAUGUACGCGAUUUGCUAAAACUGCUUUCUUUUUUCCAACCAAUCAGAAGCAACAACCAAAUCAAUUUCACCUUGUUGGCAGGCGUUUUCCCGCGCUGCUUCGGCCACAUGUAUUGUUGUGAGUUUUGAUUGGUUGGAUGGAAUGUCCGCGUCUGUUGUGCUUACGGCAUGAGCUGCAUUCUGAAAAUAGUAGGCAAAAAAGGCGAUUGCUUGAGUUCUCUGAAGAGUCUGUAAACAUAAAAUGCGGCAUUGAAACGAUGCAGUUUCCUUGCGCACUGUUUGCGUGGCUGAGAAAUUUGAAAAUAUUUUUUGACUUAAACUAAUUUUUAUUUUAUAUAAAGUAGUCUCAAUUUUAUAAGGUAAAUCUAAAUUAUUCAAACUUUAAAAACAGAUCGAGACAGAAUUUUGCUGUAAGCAUCUAAAACCGUUACUUUAAAAUUUAAAGUGUAUCUAAACCGAAUUCGUUCGUGAUUGAAUAAAUUUUGUAAACAUUUCUUUUUGUUGUUUUUCUUUUUCCCGCGUGUAAAACAGUGGCUUAAAAUUUUCCAUCUGCUAUAAAACUACUCAUUUGGCGCCCUUUGAAAACAUUUACGAGAGAAAACACUCAAGGUAAAAUAAAAUUUAGUCAUGCUUAUUAAACUUAAUAAUUUGCUAAAUAGAAGUUAAAAAUUUAACCGCUUAAAUAACUAGCUUGAUGAACAACAAGUACCUCGACGUCUGAAUUUUAAAAAAAAUAAUAAUAAAAUUUUAACUGAAUUAUUUCAUUACACAGUUGUAACACCAGCUCUAUCAGAGGCCACAGGAAAUAUAUAGAUAUUUUCAGGAAAUCACAAAAGUCUAAGUAAGUUAAUCCGAAAAACCAUGCGCCAUUCAACAUCGUGGACAUCACAAACCUGCUCUGAAUAACAACCAGCGCCCUUUACUUCAAAACGCUUUUUACCCAUAAUUUCUCAACAUUUACUAACAUUUCUUCCCUUCCUUAGAACAUCUAGUCACUUCGCUUUGUCGAGGUUAACAUUUCAAUAUAAUCAGCUAACACCAAUAUGUCUUCCUUUUCUGCUCUCUCUCGCUUGACCCAGUGCUCCACGGGUCCAAGAAGUCGUGGAACAUUACGAGGUCCUGCAACUAAAGCAUCACCCGUCUUGCCCAAAUAUCCCUCAACAAAUCAGCAACGGAGAUGCUUCGUUGCCGGAGGAUGACCUGGACAAACCGGUCGAUCCGGUUACUCCUCGUCGUAAAAACAGCCCUGGGACGCUUCAAAGAUAUCCGUCUUCGGAUUAUCUUCCGUCUAGAGUUGAAAAUUUCCUCAGGUAACCCAGUAAUUUAAACUUAAAGGUUUUCUAAAAUUGUUUUAUCUUAUAAAGUUUUUUUAUUCAGUCGCAAUUCAAAGUUUUCACGUUUGCUUAACCAAAGGUAACAGACAUUUUUCCUUUUUUAUUCAGGAAAACAAAUGUCUUUUUUGUAUAUUAUUAUUGCAAUUCUGUUCUUAAAGUAAAACUGUAUAAAGCGAAAAGUUCUAUAAUUAUCCUUUUACUGUAAUAUUAAGUUCAGUUCAAACCCGUUAAUUUACUGUUUAACGUAACACUCUUUGAAACCUAAUGUGCCCCUGUGAAACAGACGUUUUUUUCUGACAUCAAGUCUUAAUUAAAGAAUUUAAAAUAACUCAUAAAAAAAGUCCCCCUUUUUGUCAAAAAUAUUGGUAACCUUGUUAUGUCAUAGAUGAAGUUAAACUAAACAAUAAGUUAACCCUUGUGUUGUAGUUGUGGGUCAGUUUUAUAAAAGUAUGGGUAAGCUUGUCAUUUCUGGCACAAUUAACCCUAAUUUGUACAUUCGAGACAAGACCCUUCAAAUAACAGCUGCGUUUGCUAGACUAAUGAUAUCUGCAGUUGCUGCUACUUUUAAACCUUACAUAUUCACCUUACGUGUAGUUACGCCUCCUAAUAUACUCUCCAGAUUGGGACGUUUUAGGCGCAAAUGCGUCCAGUUGUUUUAGUGUAUCCUUAGUUACGCUAGAGCCAGUGUGAAUGGAUCCACUAAAACAACCAUACGUCCGCGCGUUUUAUAUCACAAUGAAAAGUGGUUAUGUAGUGUGUUAAUUCAAGCCAGUUAAAAGCAGUUCAUAUACCGCUAGCUAUAACUGAUAUUGGGCUCUCGGGAGGUAGAAAUGCGUCUAAUGGAUGGCGAAACCAAACCAAAACGCGUCUCUUAAAAUUGUUGCAUGCUUUAUGUGGCGUUGUUUUUGCCACCUGAAUGAGAGCCCUGUACGCGCUUUUACUUUUAAAUGUCAGUUUUGUGUUGUGGUAAGUUGUGGUCAAUCGACUGACAAGAAAUUGAGAGAAGGCGAGAAUCCCCAAGCCCAUGAGAUAACUAAAAUUUUCUCUUCUUUUUUUUGACCAAAGGACAUGAACCACUUUUGAAAAAAGUUCUAUUCCGUCAUUUUUUGUAAUUCAAACUCUUGACUCUGGAUUUGACUGAACAACAUUUGGAAACAUAAUAGCACAUGAAUCCCUUCUUUUCUUCCAUGGAUUGGGGUACACACAAAAUUGCUCGAACCUUACUAAGAUAGACACUUCUGCAUUCCUCUAGUGGUCGAGACUUGGAUGGACAAUUUCAUACAAAUGACUGUUUUGUUACCCCUAGCCCCACGUUGGUGUGCCUGUGUACAAGAAUUGAGGGAACAGUCUUUUGGCUAUAAGAACUGCGAGAUAUUAAGUAAUUCGCCCAGUCCCUGUACGGCGUCUUCCCAGGCCUUCUCGGUCAAGGCAUUUCGUUGACAUAUCAACCCGCUCGGACAACGUGACCCAAUACGCAUCGGGCGAGCGCAAUAAUGAUGCCUAGGGACUAGGCAAAUAAUAAAUAAUGGCAUAUUUACUAUACACGCUUCUCAUGUCAUGUCGCAUCUCGGUCACACACAGAGCGCUCAUCACCUCCGGUAAAGCCGAAAUACAUUUCAGUAGCAGUGUUUCCCAUUAUAUCGACUUACAUUUAUCCAACAUUCUGUGUUUCCGAAUGGACCGUUAUUUCUUUCUAAACUAUGCGAUCAUACUUGGGAACACUGUGUAAUUAUUUUUCCCAACUGAAAUAAUUUCCUUGUCUCACAAAAAAUGACUGCUUUGUUAUCAUAAUUGUCUGCUGACAUUGUAUUCUGUUCCAUCAGGGCUUUUCAACUUUCGGUUGCCCAACGUCCGAAGAGACUGUCUCUAACAGUAGAGGACUCAAAAGGAGAGGAACAAGAGGUAUUGACAUUGGCAUUGACACAUUAACAUUUAUAAGCACUGUGUGUUUUAGCGGGGUGGAGGGGAAGGGGGGCCUAUAGAGACUGGGAGAACUUAUUUGUGCGAAUGCCGAUUAGCGCUUACCCGUGGUCAAAUUUUAAUUCGGGUUUCUUUUUUUUUGUUCAAAAGCAUUUUCUUAUAUAAAAUAUCUAUUUUAGAGGGUUUAAUCAUCAAACUGUACGCAGACAAAAUGAAUUAAACUGAAUUUGCUUUUUAAGCUUUCAUAUCUGAAUUCAAAUCUUAACCUGCUUUCAACAACCUGGCCUUGACGGAAAAAGUGAAGCUCGGAAUUUUUAGGCCAAACUCACGAUUAGACUACGAGUAGUCUCCAGGGAUAGUAGAGCGAGCGAAAGGCGAGCGCGCGGGAGUACGUUUCGCUCGCUCUACUAUCCCUGAGGAAGAUGGGGACUACUCGUAGUCUAACUCACGAUCGGAGAGAACAAACAGAAUGUAGUAAUUUAUGAAGAGUUCAUUUUGUUUUUGUGUUAUAGGAGAACGAGAAUAUGAAAUCUGUGGAGAAAGAGAGAGCCACUCGUAAGUUUGGUCAUUAUUGUUGACGUUUCCUGUGGGGCUUCCGAUUACAGUUGAACCUCCAUUAAGCGGCCACUAGCAUGCGAAAACAUCCGUUUCUCCUCUCUCUUCGCCGCUAGGGACGUUUCCUCGCGAAACGUCCCCAGAGGCGAAGAGCGAGGAGAAACGGCUGUUUUCGCAGGCUAAGCGGCCACCGGCAACCCCCUAUUUAUCGGCCAGUAAUCAAAGUCCCGAAAUAAUUGUAGAAAAGAAUGGGAACUUAAACCUCUAUUAAGCGGCCAUCGGUUGAUACUUUAAGUUUGGCUUUAUUCCAAGAAUAUGAUGAAGGAAAAUACCGUCCGAGAAAGAAGACGACGACCGGGGACGUUUAGAGAUCUUACGAAACCGCGCGAAACGUCCAAAAUGACCAAAUUUUGAAUUGACUUGAGAACGGGAACGGCAAGGCGAUAAAUUUUACUAUCUCUCUUUGAACUGAAAUAAGACGCGGUUCCCUCUCUUCAGUUCCAACCUAACUUGCUUAGUACUUUCAUUUAACCGGUUGACUUGGUAUAAAGGCGACGCGAAGUCUAUUUUUCAGCGACGUUUUCAUUGUCGUCGCGUCGUGGGAUCGUAAGGUCCCUAUUACGUCUGCGACGAUGUCUAGCUGUUACACGGUCAUUCAUGAAUUCUAAGGUUUAUGUUUUUAUUGAAUAAAGCUUCCAGCGAAGAGGAUGAAGACGAGGUUACCAGCCCUUCGGAAGAGGUGAAGCCGUUUGGAGAAGACGAAAACAAACCCUCGGGAGAGGAGGGUGAGGAGGUAGUUGGACGAUACUUCGAAAGUCUUGGUACCAGCUCCCCAGGGGUAAAAACGGAAGAGGAAGCAACUGAACCCCCGCCUCUGGACACAGAGAAACUAAUGAGGACCAGAUUGAGUAUCUCGGCUAGAUUUCUGUCAAGAUCACACCAACCUGGACGGUAUGAAGUCAUUUCUUACCAUGUUUUAAAAGAGAUAUUUUUAUAUAAACAUUAAUGAAAAAAACCAGAUGAGCUGUAGCGCGAGAACAUGAUAUCUUCCUACGUGAAAAUAUGAAAAGAUCAAUGUUGCUAUGGUAACAUAAUAAAUCGUGCCUUUGGCCAGAAAAAAAUAAAUUGAAAAGGUCUGGUUUGUCAUUGGGGUCGAUAUGUAAAUAGACAGAACUUGCAUGCUCGCUUAGAGAGUUUCGUAUCUCCGCGCGGCCAUAUAGUAUCCUCUUUAUUUUAGCCAUAUAAUGGUAAAUCCUUUAUUUACCAUGCGUAUUCGGUCAAGAUGGCUGAAUUUUAACUUCGUUCUUUUUUGCGUCAUGGAAAAACGCAUAGAAGCAGAAAUUGACCAAUAAUAUUCAACCAUCCUGAUGUCACGAUUGAACAAUAACCUAUAUGUACUACUUUCUUGUAAUUUAUUGUAAAAGCUCUUGAAGCAAAUAUUCUCACACACUUUUCCUACACAUAGGCCUGGCUUGUUGGCAACAAAUACAGACGAAGAGAAAAACCACCACUUUGAUGAUGUAUGUAUUUCAUUUUGGAGUUGAGACUCUUCCUUCUUUGACUCUUUUGCUUUGUUUUGUAAGAAUUUUAUUUUGGCUUGCAGGGUAUUUCAGUUUAAGCUCACUUUGUCUAACCUCGCCAUUUAAUUCCACCUCUUUGUUUCAGUCGAAACAAGAUUUUCAAAGACGCAAGGAGGAGAUGGCGCUUGCUGUAGAAGCCACUCGCAAGCGACUGGAAGCUGUAAGUACUUUAACUUUCUUACAGAACGUAGGUAAAGGAAGGAAAAACUGUCGCAUAAAACCCCGAGACAUGAAAAUAGAGCGGUAUUUAUUAGCGAAAAUCAAACUGAACGCGAUUGAAGAGAAAUCUGUUUCCUACUAUGACUUCAUAACGCUGCUUACAUACGUACUUUAUUGUAACUCCCUAAGGCCCCGUUCAAACGUAUCCGGAUAUUUUUGAAUCCGUAACGUUUUCUUUGCGGAUUCAAAAAUUUUCUCCUCCACAUGUAGUGUAUUCAAAUCGAAUUUGCCCGUCUACACGUAUCCGGAUUCACUCUCAUUUCGUCGGCUAAUUUGUAAAGCAAUGUUCGGCUCAUGCCAAUUUGUUUUCGUCAUUCUCCAAUAACUGUUUCGCUGACAAAAUUGUCCCACUUAGUAUUAGUUCGCUCGAUUAAUUGAGCAAUUAAUGAAUGAGGCUUAGUAGGAUAUGAAGAAUUGAGCAGAUCGAGGAGAGUGUUAGGCCUCGGUGGAUAACGCCCUCCGAGAUCUGAUUAAUUCUUCAUAUCCUACGAUAGCCGAAUUCAUUAAUUGCUUUAUUAUUCAUUCAAAAUAAUUCCCAGUUUAAAAACGUAGCUAAAACAUGCUUACCUGCAUCGAUGUUAAGUUCAUCUUCCAUAGUGUACGUUUAGGUUUGUCCAUAUUUGGAAUGAAUAAUAACAAGGUUUAUGGCGUCUAAUUCGUCCGUCCUUCAUGGAAAGAAGCCUCAGAAUGCCCGCACGGUUUGGAAUAAUUGAAGUGUACGGUAAUCAUAACUAAGUUUAACUGCACUCACGUUUAAGACUUGAAACUGAAGUCCAAGAAGUAAAGAAACGGAAUUGCACUCGGCACCAUCUUGAAUAAUCACGGUAGCGAACUCGGUUCGAUCUUGUUACGUCACCGGAUAACAAAAAUAUCCGGAUUUAGCGUCCACACGAUGACCUAAAAGGGCUUUUUAGUUACAAGACAAAUAAGCAAAUAAAUUUAAAUAAAUUUAAAAAGGAGGAAAUAACAGUAAUAUUGAAAAAAUUAUUACAAAAUCAAAGUAAUGCAUCGGAUAGGAUUGGCUCACUGGUGAUUUGCAGAUUUACUGUCUGUGAGAAAAUUAGUGUGGCGCGUAAAGGGAGCAUCAUAAAAAGCGCCAACAGAUUACGAUGUUUAGUAACCUUUAGUGAAACGUAAGGUUGGAUAGUAAAAUAGAUAAAUGUUAUUUUACAGCUGGGAUGGAAAGCAAAGGAAGAUAUCCUGAAGAAAAUGCCGACAAGUGCAGUUAGCACAUCGAGCGUGAUCUCCAGCACAGCAAGCGUCACAUCAACAGCAGCACAUCUGACCACCGUAUCAACUACUCCUACUACUGCCGCUGGUACUGUCACUAGUGUUGGUACAGCAGCCGCGAAUACACCAGUUUCUAGCUUAACGGACUCAAGCAGCAAGCCAUCAGUCAUUACAAACUUGCUGGAGGUAUUGGAUAUUACAUUUAUAGUUUGUUUUGUGAGGUGCUUUAAGGGACUUGUCAGAAAUUAGCAGGGGGGGGGGGAGGGGGGGUGGGAAUUUGAAAUUUGGGUUUGGAAAUGAGGUGACCCAUCCCUGCAAUGGGAGUGAAAUUUGCUAACCCUCCCCUUGAGCGUGGCCUAAAAUAUCAUGACCCUCCCCCUCUUGUAUAAAUGAUAAAAUCUAGUUCUUGCAGUCUCUAUUAUGAAAACUCAAAAUAUAUUUCUAAAUAAAUCUGUUCUUUGUGAUGCUAUAUACAUACAUUUUAGAUGACAGCAUUAAGAAUCCGACUCUGAUUCUGACAGCGGAUCACUUGACUCUCCUAUUUCUCCCAGGUUUUUACCAAAUACAGAACUUCCUUUUUCUUCUGUGGGUGAACCUCAAAAUGAUCACGAGCAUAUAUUUGCAUGACCCUCCCCCUUUUAACAGCCCAUUUUUCAUGACCCCUCCCUUUUCUGAGUCUCAAAAAGUUGUGACCCUCCCUCUGUUUCCACCCCCCCUCCCCCCUGCUAAUUUCUGACAAGUGCCUAAGUAGGAAUCGAGAGUAAUUUCGCGUUUGUUGUCAUUGGCUCAGAAAACUCGCGCCACUUUUUCAGCCAAUCAAAAGGAAACUAGGCCACAGUCGGUCGCGUUUUCCCGCACUUUUCAACGGCUCGAGUUUUGAUUGCCUAAAGUAAUGAAUUUAGUUGUUAGCUUCCAAGUAAACACCUUGCGAGUCUUUUUGCAAUGGAUCAAUAUUAAAUCCCUCGACCUGUUCUUAACAAACAGGGAUACUUGCUAGAUACAAACGAUAGAGCCUCUAAAUCUUUUAUUUAGUACACUUGGCUAUGGUAUGAGAAUUAAUGUGAUCAACAUGUCACGAGCAUGGGACAAACAAAAAAAUCUGAGUCCCCUACAGGAAUUGAACCUAUGGCCUUCCGUAACACCGGCUAUGAUAUUUCUACGUCCAGGAGACUUGAAAGAGAACCGCGUCUGCGAAAAGGCGCCAGCUAGGGUUCAACAUAAAUCAAAAUCUCGCUGUCUGAAACUUUGUCUGUAGAAACUGUGAACGCGUAGUGAAUGCUCUCCGCUAUGUGGCCUUAUUUUGCAAUCAAUGCGAAAACUUACUGUACGAUUAUUGUAGAGUGCUAGUUGCAUCUGGAUAACAAAGAAGGACGAUCUUUUGUGCGAGCGGCAAAUGAAAACCUAGCCGAGUUUCGGCUUCUUCAAUUCACUGUUGCGUGUCAAAAUCCCUUUCCAGUUUUAUGUAAGCUUGGUCUUAAGUAUCAAAAUCAUUUUUAUAUUUCUUGGAACAGUAAUUUGUUGAGAUUAUUGAAUGGGAUAAUUUUAUCAGGUGUCCACCCGUCCCUGUCUAUUUCAGCUCCACUACGUAGUACAACAUGAAUCAGACAAACCAUAAGGUUUAUUUUGGCUGUUUCGGCUGAGCACAGCAGAAAGAACAAUACGUUAUGGCCAUCCUCUCAUUUUUUUUUCUCCGUUUAGCGUCGUCCUACCGACCCAAAUUUUUGGCAUUUUCAAAAAAAAAAAAGAAUGACGUAGUUAAACCAUUUUUCACUGGAAAUAAUUCUUUUAAUCUGAAAAAUGAGCAUAGUACCAGCAAAGAGAAAAACAGGAACUUUUUUUUACAGUAUAUUGUGCAUUUUUUGUUAAUUCAAAUAUGUGAAUGUUAACUUUUGGGGUGGGGUACCAGAGCCUCCUAUUCCGAGGCUUCUUGUGAUUUUUUGUUUAGGUUUUUUUUUUCCAAUCCGACCGACCGACCCAACAUGAAGAAACGCAUUCGAUGCUAAACAAAAAAAAGGGGGGAUGGCCUAUACCACUACGAGGUGUAGGGCUAGAAUGCUUUCCCUAGUGAUAAGCAUACCUUUUAUAGCACUACCUUCUACCCUUUCUGCGCUUCAACUGAAACCGUCCCAGUCCCCACUGCUCCCGUGCCGCCGAAAUGUUUCAUUUCCGGCUAAUUCGUAUCCACUAAAACGCCGGAAUUUCCAUUUUUUGUCCUUUACAGACUCGGUUAACCGAGGUCAAAGACACGAAAUACGCGGAUAAGGAACAUUCUGGGAAGAAGGAGAUGACUGGAGCGAAGAAGGGUAUUGAAACAAAGGAAGAGGACUCGGAUAAAUCCAAACGUUCGACGUCACAUCUAAUCGCCUUCUUUUCUAAGAACAAAGAUAAGGAUAAAGAAAACACAAAGGAAAAAGACAAAGACAAAUCCAAAUCAAAGGAUAAAGAAAAAGGGAGAUCUACACCUCCCCCGGGAAAACAAACAUCCGAGGGAAAAUCCACGGGGGGUAAACUUGAGCGAAAGGGUUCUACUGGUAGUACAGCGUCACCGAAAGCCGAGGGGAAAUCUUGGCGAAAGUCACUUGGGAUUCUCGGUGGAGGCUCUAAACAUGAUAAGGAAGAGAAACAUAAAAAGAACUCCGAUCAUCGAGCUUCUUAUCCCGGGGAUAUGUCCGGGAAAAAUCCUCAGGUGAUAACGAGUAAGCAAGAGGGCAGCGCUGUUAAGACAGUGAAAGAUAAUAAAGAGGAAAAAGCGAAAAGGAAGCAUCCGGAGCGACGAAGUUCAAAUCCAAUGGCAGAAGUACUGUUAAAAGAUUCCCAAGUCGUAGACAAGCUAGACAACAAUGCUUUAGAAACAGUUCCAGAAAACAAGGAUGAAAAAUCCAGAAAGAGACAUCCUGAGCGAAGGACCUCGAGUCCCACAACGGAGCUACAGAAAAUUGGAAAAGAUGACAAGGAUGAGCAAUCGAACAGAAAACAACCGGAGCGGCGUUCGUCUAAUCCGUCUGCGGACUCGCAAACGAAGAACUCCUAUGUGAGACCUGUUAAACACGAUGAAGCUGCAUUGAAUACCGUGAAAGAGGAGAAGACCUCAGACAAGACACAACCUAAUCAUCAAACACGUGCUAAAACAAAUACUAGUGUUUCUUCGGAAAAGGCGAUCAAGUUGCGCGAGAAAAAGGGACGCGUAACUUCAGAGGAAAGGCGUGAAAAAGCCAAGUCCUUGGGAGAUUUAAGCAGCAACCUUCACAAAGUUGAGGUAUCUAUUUUAGAUCCUACGGUUCCUCCUUCCAGAACUGUUGACACCAUGGAUAUUCCAAAUCAAUUGGGGAAUUCUUCUAAGAGGCCAAUGUCGAGUAACGCUAUUUUAGAAACGCCACCUCUUGCUUCGAAGAGAAGGGAGAAUAAGGACAGAAACGCAUUCGAGGACAGUGAAGAUGUUAAAGGUGAUACUAAAACAUUGAAAGAAUCCAGCACAGUAGCUGAAGUUUUGUUAAAUGGCGGUUCAGCUGAACAUAAAAUAACCUUGGAUCAAACGUUUGUGCUUUCGUCUAAAGUUUCUGGUAAUGAAGGGGUUGCAGUUCAAGAAACUUCUCUCGAAAAGAAAGCAAUAGGAUCUGAUCUAAAUACUAGUAAAGCCACAUCUCCUGUCAAAUACGCGAGGAAUGGGACUGGGUCGAGUUUCAUGACUGACAUUAGCGAACUGUCGGCUGAACUUUCAGCUGCUAUUGCGUCACCACCGCCUCAGCCAAUCAGAUUAAGCAUGUCUGAGACAAAUCUGUUGAGUACCAGUCCUCCCACGGGUAACAGACGGUCCCCUGUUGGCAAGGAUCACGGUACGUAAUUAUGACGCAAUGCUAUCUGAUUUUUUCCAAUCUUCCAUCUCUUUCAAGCAGUUUCAAUAGGCCUUUACUGAUUUGCCCCAAGCUUCUGUUUCAAAGCGAAGCUAAUUGCGAGCCUGUUGAUUAGCUUAUAAAACUGUUCAAUUUAAAAGUAGUGUUAUAUCUCCUGCUUGGGCUACGCGCUACUAGCUGAUGGGCAGAAUACUUCAGGAAAUGUGUAAAGCAAAGCUACAGCGUUUUACUUUAUUGUUUUGUGUAAGUUUAGAAGUUUGGGGCAAAAUAGCAAACGAUAAAUGUGAAACUUUUCUGAGAGUUUUUGCUCUUUAUUUAGGGAAGAGCGGUUAUCAGAGCAAAUACGGUAUUAUCUUAACACUGAAAUAGAUGGACUGUGUUGAAGCUCUUGGCAGGAGGCUGCAUACGUAUGGUACAAUCUGCACAGAAAUAGAUGGUUUUGCCAUAAGAGUCACACCCUGAAGCCUAAAUAAAUAUCUUAUCAUCCACUUCCCUCAGAGCUCAUGGCGCACUUUACAAUUAUUAAUGAAGUAAUGACUUAUGAAUGCCCCCAAUGUUAAUCAGUGGACAGGCGUCGAAAGGGGAAAUGGGAAAGGAUGUAGAAGGAAGUAGGGAGGAAAAGCGCGAUUUUUUCCCCUCCCCUCCCCUUUUUUGUGCUUGCUACACAGGCUAAUAGACACUAUGGGGUGGACACCGCCAGAAAUUUGCUCCGUCCCUAGUGGUUCUUUUCACGUCCUACAGAGUCAAGUAAGGUGAAGGUGCAUGAGACGUGGCCCUCGGUCAGGUGAUUGUUCGUUUAUUUAUUAUUAUUUUUUUUGUCAGAUUCCGCCGGUGCAUCGGUCGUCGAUCAAGAUGAGUGUCAGAAAGCCCUAGACAACUUGUUAAAUUCUUUUCAAGAUGUCAUAGAUUUGCAGGCUAAGGUGGGGUUGAUUUUCCUGGUUAUGCUGUGCAAUUAACAAAAGUGAAAACAACAAACUCAAACAAAGCCUAAAGGUUUUAGUCAGGUGCCUCGCUGCUUUACCAAGGUCUCACAGGAUUAGUUGGGAAAAUAAUGAACGAACAAAGUUAACAACUGAACCUAGCCCCAAAGCAAAAGAGCUGUGAAAUAUAGGGGUCCAGUGAAGUAAAAGGUUUUAAAGAGGAGCGGGGCUAUUUUCUUUCAUCCGUCAUUCUUUAAUUUUUAAGGUAGGAUGCCGAUUUAAUUUAUCCGUGAUUUUUGAACGUACGUACAUGUAAGGAAACAGGAAAGUUGACUUGACUUGACUUCUACGCGGCAGAUAGGUAUGCCGACAAACAUAACAAGGGUAGGUGGGUGGGUGGGUCUUGUAUUAAAAACCAACAUAUUUCAGUAGUGGCGGUGGUACUUCAGUGCUAAUCAGCGUCGAGUCUGUGACUUAAUGUAUUCAUCUCAUAGGUGCUGGACGAGGAACCAUCAGACGAAAGCCAUCUUCUCUUGUCGAACAUUUCAAGCACGUUUUCAGUGAUAGAGGAGCGAAUUCACGAAGCACGUCUUCGAAGACGAAAGUGGGAACUCUCCUCCCUCCCCAGGGGAAAACCAGGCUUAGCUUCCAGGCCUCUUAGUGGAGUGUUCAGCAUGUCAACUGGCAACUUAGACCAACUCACUAAGGGACCACCAACCGUUAGGAGAUUUUCCGAGUUCUCAGUUUCUUCUAUUCCUGAGGUGGACGCUGAAGUGCAUGAAGUUUUACUGGAAAAAUAUUCUGAUAGACUAUUGGAAAUGGUAGCCAAAAAACUUGGCAAUUAAGAACCGUUGCGAAGUGGUUGCGCCGGGUUUUCCUCCUCGGCGCAGUUUGCUAGGAAAAGUUGAUACUGGCAGUGCAGCCAGAAAUGUUCAGAUUGGUUUCAGUACAAUUCAAACAAGUUCUUUACUAAACCUGCGACUGCUGUCUUGUUACACUACCUUGAAGAAUGCAUAGCCUUGAAUUGAGCGAGCUUGAAGCCGGUUAAACACAGAGCUUUUGCUACGAUCGGAACUUUUGAACAUUGUUUUAACGCAAUAACCCCUACACUGUUAUUAUCACGAAGGUGACUAAUCUCGUCGAGGGUGCUUGUAUUGUUGCAUGAUUGAAAAAUUAAACGUGCUGGUUUCAGUGUCUUUUUCUGGUCUUCCAUUUCACUUGAAAACAAUUGAAAUCGACCAACGCGGCUUCUCCUCAC